CCUGCUUCUCCCUGAAUAUUGAAAUUUGAAAGAAAUAUUUUGAUUUACACAAGCCUGAAGAUAUAUUACAAAUAAAGAUUUAAUCUGAUUUGAAAAUCACACCAUAUUGGGAAUUUAAUUAAGCUUGCACCUGAUCAACAGCAAUAGCCCACCGCCACUGGAGACAACCAAGCCACGCGCCUCUAUAGAAUGCGGUACCUUUUAUCUAUAAUUUAUUGCCCGGACAUUACCUUCCAGUAUCAAUCUUGCUUUUUAGACUGUCUUCGGUGCUAAUACAACGUUGCAAUUCGGUAUUUUUGGAGGCCAGAAGAUGCAAGAGGUAUGUGCAAGUUGGAUUGCUCAUCUUUGUACGUCUUACUUGCCCAUUUCGCAGUGGGUCGAUGUAUUUUAACUAUAAAGCCUGGUUUACAUUGGUAUAAUUAGUAGUAGAGUUCACUAGCAUACUUUUUUCCUGAAAUACUCUACUAUGCUCAUUUUGGUAGAGUAACUGUAUUUACUUUUGCUAGUAAUUUGAAAAGAUAGUUCGAUUUAACAUGUGUAAUAAUGAACAAGCAGGUUAGGCAAAAAUCUCGAGCCGUUUUAAAAAAAUGUUUAGUGCAAGCUGCAGAUGUUUUAUUAAAUGAAAUUGAGGAAGUUAUAGAGGAAGAAACUAGUAAACAAAAAAGAAUUUGGGUAAGGGAUUGGAUUAAAAGACGUGAUAAAUUGGGAGCAUCUGCCAAUCUUUUAAGAGAACUGGCUUUGGAAGACCCAGAAGAAUAUAGAAUGUGCUUGAGAAUGACACCUGAUAGUUUUGAAACACUGCUGAAUUUAAUUAAGCCGCAUAUUCAGAAAAUGGACACAUUCAUGAGGGAUGCAAUACCAGCACGUGUUAAAUUAGAAAUUACUUUAAAUUUUCUGGCCACAGGCAAUAGUUAUCGUAGUUUACAACACCUCUUUCGGGUCUCAAAACCAGCAAUAAGUAAUUUUAUUCCUGCAGUAUGUGAAGCAAUGAACGAAGCCUUACACGAAUACUUUAAGAUGCCAACAACAGAAGAAGAGUGGAAAAUAAUUGCAAAUGGAUUCGAAGAGCAUUGGAAUUUUCCCGGUUGUUGUGGUGCCUUAGACGGGAAACACAUUUUGAUAUUAUGUCCUGGCAACUCUGGAAGCCAGUUUUUUAAUUACAAAGGGUCCUAUAGUGUCGUGCUAAUGGCUCUACUAGACCACAACUACUGUUUUACUUAUGUGUGUAUUGGCAGCCAGGGAUCUCAAUCUGAUGGUGGAAUCUUCCAGAAAUGUGCACUUGGAAAUUUGUUGCAAAAUGGAUUGUUGCCUGCAGGAUAUAGCAUUGUUGGCGACGAUGCCUUUCCCUUACGACAUUAUUUGAUGAAACCGUAUAAUAAUUACCGAAGACCGCUUAGUAUACCAGAGAAAAUUUUUAAUUAUCGUUUAAGCAGAGCUAGAAGAAUAGUGGAAAACAGCUUUGGAAUUUUGGUGAGCAGAUUCCGAAUUUUCGAUAAAAAUAUUAAUUGCAAAUUAGAAACAGUCAAUAAGAUAGUGCUGGCUGCAUGCGCUCUUCACAACUUUUUACGAAAGACCUCACCUGCUACAUAUUUACCUCGUGGCUCCGUAGAUGAAGAAGAUAUCAUCACCGGCUCCAUAAACCCUGGUCAAUGGAGAGCCGAAAUUACAGAGCUACGUAGGAUGGAAAGAUAUCAUGAGAGACGGGCAACAAACUUAGCAAAUCAAAUUCGAAAUAAUUUAAAAAAUUAUUUCACUAACGAAGGUGCUGUUUCCUGGCAGUACAAGAAUAUUUACUAAAUGAAUAAGUAUGAUAUUUUUACAAUUCGGAAUAUAAUAUGAGAUUUGUUUUUACCAUAGAUUACGUAAUUAGAAAUAGUUAUCAACAUUAUAGUCCACACAAC